CGCUUUUCUAGCCCACAUGACCCUGUUACGAUCGUAAACAUUAACGUAAACGUGAUUGUUUUAGUGUUACGGAUUCAUAAUUAUGGGAUUCAGAUAGAGCACGAGAUAAACGCAGAUCAACAAAUCAGAUUAUUCUCUAACCUGUCAACAAGACACUGAUGGGGAAACUUUCGACAAUUACUAUCCCCGAAACUUUAGAAGAAUGGAAUCACUUUGCGUAGACGAACUCCGGUGUACCAGCAGAUCAAACAUGUACGCGAAAUAAACCCGUUAGUGACAAACAGACAGAAAACAGUAAUGAUCUGAAAAUGCCUGAACGCUAUGAAGAGAAGAUUAAACACAAGAUGGGAAUCAAUACUAUAGCAAAGUUUCUAGUUAUAAUAUUACUUAGUGUUAAACACAUUCAGUGCAGUGACAAUGACGAUUUUUCGAAACGAAUGAAAAUUAUAGAAAAUUUAUCUGGAAGGUACUUUAGUGACGUUUAUCAAAAUGGUACUUUUAGAACUGGUAAUGUACUGUGGGACAAUAUUUUGAAUAAGUGUACGGCUAAGCCUACAGUGAGUUGUUUGCAGAAAAAUGUUUAUUCAUACCUAGAUGAUAGACUGGGUAUGAACGGUGAUGUGGAAGUGACUAGUGGUGUGUGUUUCAAGAAAAAUAGUGUCGACAUUAACAAAUAUAGUAAAGAAGCUAAUACUAUCUACCUCACUGGUAACAAGGAUGAUGAUAAAGGGAGGUACUUGGAAGAAGAAAACGAAAUCGAGGAUACUGAACCUGAAUCACCCUUCGAAGAGAUAACAGACGCUCUCUACGACAAGAGUGUCAAAUUCCUAGUGACACAUGACAUGAAGCUGACGUUGCCAGACACGUUCUUCCAAGGAGCGACCCUGAGGGUGUCUCCCAGGGCGCUGACGAAGACUGGCGCGCUGGUGCAUAUAGAGUUGGAGCCUAAGGUCGAGGUGCAGGAGAGGAACGGAGAGGGGAGGCUGUUUUUUAAGAAGAUAAAAAAAUACAUUAAGAAAAAACUAAUAACAGCGGCCAUAGCAAUAAUCUUAGUCAUAAAGUUGAUAGCACUCAAGUUAGUCUUCGUGUUGCCUCUCAUCAUGGGUGUGACGACUGCCAAGAAGAUGUUCCUCAAGCUUCUACUAUUCCUCUUCCCAGCAUUAAGCCAUAUCUUCAAACUCUGCUCUUGGUACCAUCAGAAUUACCACACUACGAAGUACCAUCAUCACCAUCACUUGAUUACUCAUCAUCAUAAGAAUCCUCAUCACCCACACCAGGCAGCCUACGGAGCUCAUUCCCCUCACUCCUCGACCGUGGUGGUACGACCUCACAGCCAGGGUCCACCUCCAUCAUCAGAUAGCUAUGAUAACGAAAACUGGCCUCUCUCCGGAGCACCACUAGGCACUGAAUAUAUUAUAGGAGAUAUCCACCGCAACGCAAUAUCGAACUUCAAGCCGACUCUGGGCGACGCUAAUGAUAUCAACGCUUGGGGAUUGGGGAUGCCUCCAGGACCAGCAAUGAACGUAGGUGAAUACGCAGCAAGUAAUAAUGUCGCCCAAACUGCAGCAGCAUCAGCUAAUGUACCACAAAGGAUAGCAGCCACUAAUACUGGAAGACCCGUGGGACCUCCAAAUCCUUACUAUCGAAAUAACAAGAAAACAACGCCAAAAGACCCACUACUAGCUGAAAAGGAAGCACUGAUCCGAGCAGCAGCAAUAGCAGCUCGAGCACCACCUUCUCCGGUCAGGGACGAGAUACUCAGGGUAUCUGCAGUCAAGCUGAAGGAGACAAACAGGAUAAAGGCAGAAACAGAAUUAGUGAAGCAACAACAACAGAUUUUAUCUGCGCAAGACCCGGAAACGAUAGCGGCAGAGAAAUUCUACGGGACCUUAGUUGAGACUGUAGAUGGGUUGCUGAGUCAGAUGGGAGCCAAUGACCUUGGAUGUCGAGAGAGAGCAGUCUGUGCUCUUUAUGGAGAUCCCUUCAAGCAUACGCCGUAUAGCAACCUCGUCUCUGGUCAUCUUAGCAAAGAUUCCAACGAACUCCUACCAGCAGCUGACAGCAAGAUGGCUCUCCACUACUACAGAUACGUCCAGGCAGCUCGUGAUGGCCAAGAACAGAAGGAUUGUAACACAACAUACCCCAACUGCAAUGUAGACUUCAAUAGACAAAGAAAAUAAUAACACAUUUAUGGAGUUGAUAUUUCAUGCAAAUUGAUAUGCAUUUGCAUAAUUGACGAGUGAUUUGUAGACUCGCAUAUCUUUUUUGUGCAAAUGAUUUUAAUUGUGUGGCAUUGGUUUUUUUCUUUGUUGAUUUUGUACAGGAGAAUUUACACUUUGAGUUGCUCAAACUUAAUUGGUAGUUUAUUUAUUACGAUGUAUUUAAAUUAUUCAAAUUAAUUUAUUAUUGUUACUAAAUGAGCCAUGUUUUUCUAUGUUAGGGUAUCUUUUACUUAAGUUAUCAUUAGUUACACUGGGUUAAAUUGUCAAAACCCUUUGUCCUUUUUAAAACAAAAUUAUUAAGGACAACGAUCACGAAAAAUUACGCAAUUUACUUGUGAACUAUUUGUAGUUGGUACAGUCAAGUAAAAAAAAUAAAUGAAGUGACUCUUCUUUUGAGUAAAAAAAAACAAAACGAUUGUAAAAAAAGAUUUUUACUUUAUUUUUUUUACCAUGACUAAUUUUACUUGACUAUAACUGCGCCCCUUUUCGUUUAUACAGAGACAUUUAAUUUUUAGUAGAUUUCCUACAUUUUGCAUUUACUAAGAUGUUUAGUUAUGACAGCUACGUCCAAAACAUAGUUUUAGUAGCAGACGUUAUAUAUUUAUUCUUUUAUUUUAAGUAUUUAUUCACUGAAGACUGAUUUUGAUUGGAUUCAUUAUGGGAACAUCUAAAGCCAAUGUCCAAAAAAGCAUAGAAGAAGUUUUUACGUAAAAAUAAAAACGUAAAACCUUCUCAUAAGUCUGAAAAAUAUUAUACUGACCAUCGCAUCAAAAUCGGCUUAGCAAAAGGUGGGACGAUUGCGCACAAACAUUCAUAUGUAUAGGUCAGACUCCCUAACCUCUUUUUUCAGUCGGCUACAAAGAUAAAUCUUUUUACAAAAGAUUGUAUUUUAAAUAAUUAUUAUGAAUCACUCGAAGUCAGUCAGUAUGAAUCAAUUAAAUUAUUUCUCUAGUUGUAGAACCACCAAGUCACUAGGACAAUAGUAUUUAUUUAAUUUAAAUAUAAUUAAACUGCUCAAUGAAAUCCAGUAAAUAAUUUAUUGUUUUAAAUUAACAUAAUCGAUUGUUAUUUUUAUUUUUGUAGAU